CCCGUAACCAGCCGACUGUAUAGAAAUUUAUGUGGAGAUUCUUGCUUGGUUUGUUAAGUUCUGUGUAGGAACAUGUUUGUGAAUCUCUUUCCUUGACCUCGUCGCAGAAGCAUACUACCAAAAAGGCUGCUCUUCUUACACUUUUCGCCCCUUCUUUUAAUCCCAUUGCCACAUAUUUUCUGCUUAGCUUCUCUGGUUUCUGUAUUUCCAUUGUUGAAAUUAACUAUUUGUCUAAUAAGCCAUUCAUCAUGCCUAAAGCAAUAGUAAUGGAUGAGCAGCCUGGGAAACCAGGAAAAGUCUACUGGCCGCUCAAAUCCAUCACCGUCCCCCUUCCAACCCCCGGACCCAACGAGGUAGUUGUUCGCAUACUCUGCGCAGCUCUUAACCACCGUGACCUUUUCGCGCGGCAAAAGCUCUACCGCGGUGCAGCAGGAAACAUCCCCAUCCUCGCAGAUGGCUGCGGCAUCGUCGUGUCAGCCGGCUCAUCCGACAAUGAGAAAAAGUGGCAAGGGAAACGAGUGCUAAUUGCACCGGCGAGAGGGUGGAACGCUGAUCUUAGGGGCCCAGAGAGGGAAUUUGCGAUUCUGGGGGGCACGAAGCAGUAUCCUGAUGGUACUUGCCAAGAAUUCAUCUGUGUCCCCUCUUCCCAGGUCCUCGCCUGCCCACCGCAUCUGUCCGAUGCCGAAGCAGCUGCCAUUCCUCUCGCAGCUCUAACUGCCUGGCGUGCAACAAUGGUGAAGGCUGUUGUUUCUUCAGGGCAACGCGUGCUCGUCACUGGCAUUGGUGGAGGCGUCGCGUUAUUUGCUUUGCAAUUUGCCGUUGCUGCUGGGGCAGAGGUGUGGGUUACGAGUGGCUCCGCAGAGAAGGUUGCCAGGGCCGUUGAGUUGGGGGCGAAGGGAGGAGUGAGUUAUAAAGAGAAGGACUGGGCACAGAAGUUGUUAAAGCAUACGAGUAAGGGGGGGAAAAGUGGGCUGUUCGAUGCGGUAAUUGAUGGCGCAGGCGGAGAUGUGAUCACAGCGGCAGUCGUUUUGCUGCGAACCGGGGGGAUUGUGGCGAGUUAUGGAAUGACUGUGGGUCCAAAGGUGGUUUUUCCUAUGCCGGCGGUGAUGAAGAAUAUUGAGAUGCGUGGCUCCACAAUGGGCUCACUCGCCGAACUGGCCGAUGCCGUACGCUAUAUUUCUUCGAAACGUAUCGUACCCGUGGUUGAUUCUGUGCACUCGCUACCUAACAUCGAGGAUGCGUUUGAUGUUAUGAAAGUGGGCAGGAAUUUUGGGAAGAUUGUGGUGAGGGUGCAGCAGGAAAGCGCAAAAAUCUGAUGCGAAUUGAUAGAUUGUGAGAUAUUGUCUCAGAGGGCGGAUGGCCCACAGGACAGCAUAGGGAAGAUCAAAGAAGCGAUACAAGGCUUAAUUAGUAGGAGUCGACUUUCCAGUAGCUAGUCAUUUGCUAUCCAUUUUAUAUACUGCCA